AUUGUCGCUUGAGCCCAGAGUUGUUUACCAAACAUGUCAGGAGGAAUGGCAGACGAGCGAGACCGGGCAGUUUAUAUGAAAUUAGAGGCCUUAAAGGAUAUAAGGGCCAAAGUUGUAGCAGUGGAACGCCUGCGAGGCAGAUUAGCCCAGGAGGUGGAAGUGGUGCAGGCAGAGGAGGCCAGUCUUGCUGAGUACAGGGCCGAGAUGGAGCUGUUGCUACAAGAGAAGAUGGCCCAUGUAGAAGAACUACGGCAAAUUCAUGCUGAUAUCAAUGCAAUGGAAAGCAUUAUAAAAUCAGCGGAGGACCUGCGUAAUAAAAGCUUAGAGCAUGCAAGACGGCUCUAUGAUGAGUACCAUCCCCUUAAGCAGGAGGUCAGCCGUUUGGCCACACAGCAGUUAGGACAUGACCUUAAUCUACCAAAUUUAACAGCUGAAGAUGACCCUGUUCCACCAGACUUCUUUGAGAAAGCAGGAGUGGAGUGGAGCAUGGACCAUGAUGAUCUUCGUGGUGGUGGUCUUAGUUUGUCUUCUCUUGGUGCCAUGAGUGCCCCGCCCUCCUUCCUGUCCCCCUCGGCUCCCAUGCCUACGCCUCUCCGAGCCACGCCUCAUAAAGCAGAUCAAAGACCUCUGCCUCCUCCUCCAGGGCCACCUACUCCAGCUUUUAGGCAACAACCACCGCCCAUGAAGUCCUGCCUCAGCUGUCACCAGCAGAUUCAUCGCAAUGCUCCCAUUUGUCCAUUGUGCAAGGCUAAGUCACGAUCACGCAACCCCAAAAAGCCAAAGAAGAAAGAUUAGCGGUGAACAGUAAAUCCCCGUUUUUUCUGGUUGCAAUAAACAAUUGCACAUACUGGCAGCACCUGUUGUAACAUAUGUCUCUCACUCAGUACCUGGGACAUGCUCCCAGAUGUUGGUGUUACCAAGAUGUUGCGUAUUUGUUGCUUUCAAGCCACCACUGCGCUCUCUCUCUCUACUCAACAUAAUGAAAAGGAGCGAGUAAUUUACUCUUUAGUAUAUUAUUUGACAAAUGUUCUUGCUGUUACAAGACUUUAAAAUAAAUAAUGCAAGCUAAAUAUACAUAAUGGUUAUAAAGGGAAUUGUACUGUGGUAGCUUUAUUGUAAUUUAAAUUCGGCCAUCAUAAUGUAUUGACUACCAGAAUGUUGCCUCUUGGCAUAGCUCUCUUCAGGCUUUUGGGAUUUGUAUCCCUCCUAAGAAAUGCGUUUCUUGUAGUGUGUGAUGACUCUGUAAGAGCCUACCUCACUCUCUAAUAUAACGAUGUGAUGUACAAGUGCAUGCAUGCAUAUAAUUUUUUUAUUUUUAUUUUUUUACCGAGACGUUCUGUAGAUACUGUAUUUGGUUAAGUCGUAAAACUUGUGGUUUGCUUAGUAAUAAAACUAGGCAGGUACAUAUUUGUAACUGUAUACUGUAUCUUCUUAUAGAAAUACAGUAUAUUGUAUUUUCAAAAUGUUCCUAAGUUAGGUCUUUCUUGUAGUGCCAAAAUAUAAAUGUUUAAACUUAGAUAAAUUUAGUGUUAGGGAAAACUAUGUAAGUUGUAUUAACCAUUUGAUAUACAUGUAUGUAGUGUGUGUGUGUGUGUGAGUGAAAAUAUCAACUGAAUACCAGGUUCACCUCCCAAUUUGGAUUUUUUUCCUCUUUUCCACACUAGUUAUGAGGUAUCAGGUUAUCUGCCGAGAUUCUUACUGCUGUGUGUUGAGAAGACUUGCUUUUGUCGUCAGUUUUUCAUAUCACCUCCAUACCAAGGUUACUUUACAUCGGUUUUCAUAAAGAAACCGCUACUUUGAAUGAGAAGCAGCUAAACAAAAGUUAUAAUUAUACACUUUCAUACCAUGAAUUAAUAGAUAAUAUUAAUAAUCUUCAUUCUUAGAAUUUCUUUACUCAUGGUAAGCCUAAUGAGCAAAUUUAUUCUUGUUAAUAAUAGUCUUUAACUUUAACAUAAACUUUGUAUUGUAGCUUAAAGAUGUGUAGUAUAUUUCUGCUUUUUUAUUUUGUCUAUAUUUAGCUCCAGCGGUUUUAUCGGAAUUGUGAUGUUACUUUGCCUCUAUACUGUACUUUCACAUUAUGUUGGCAGGGGUGAGUCGUACCCCACGAAGUAAUAUUAGCCAUGACCUGGUACUAGCAGAGAUUAUUAAGAAUACCAGUAAGGUAAACAUUAAUUGCCUGGAGACCUCAAAUGAAAUAUAUUUCUAGUUUCUGGCUACAAAUACCGUACUAUGGACUAGUUAAGUAAAGGAGUAAUCUUGGAGGUAUCUGGUUAAUUGCUCUAUACAAUGAAAUCAUAAGAAUGUGAUAGGUAUAUUUUCUCAUAGAUAUAUGUAUAUAUAGAGAGAAAAUAUAUAUAUAUAUACAGUGGAAAUUCAAAUCCUGGCCGGGUCAAAGAGAUCUUAGUGAUAUAUGGCUUGCGCGUUCAUGCAGCCUUCUCACACAUAUAUAUACAGUAUAUAUAUAUAUAUAUAUCAUAUAUAUAUAUAUCAUAUGUUCAUAGAUAUAUCUAUGAAUGUGAUAUGAGAAAAUGAAGUGGUACGACAGAGUACCUGAGGAAUGCAGGGAUGCAGGUUUUAUCACAUUAUACUGCUUCAGUAUUUUUUCAUUAACUGUUCUAUUUAAUGUGCAAACUGGAAUAUUUGCAAAUUAAUUUUUAAGCAUAACAAGUGUCAACAAAUAAAAAGGUUAAGUAUGUAAAAUUAGAAAAUUGGGAGAGUUUAUAGUACAGAUCAAGUGCAUUGCUUCCGUAAGUGAUCAUAAAGAGUAGCUUAAAAAAAAUUGGCUUUAUGAACCAAUUUUGAUGUAUGCUGUAUAAUUAAAUCAUUUUCUCCAGGUGAAAUGAUAAUUGACAGUACAGUUAACAAGUGAUAGUUUUCUAAAUAAAGUGUUCAUAUUCCUUAAGUGUGUGUGCUUUUGGUUCUUUUGUAUGCAGUGGUGCAUUUUUUAUAACAUUCAUUAUUCUUAUUCACAGGUCAUCUUUACUUUGUAAAUGUAUGUUUUGUAAUUGUUAAGUAGGUAUCAUUAAAUGUGUAAGCAUUAUCAACGUGUAUUUACGUAGAUGCAUUUAAGCUUAAGAUUGCAAUUAACAUGAGCAAGAAUAGUAUUGCACUCAGUGAAUUUUUUGUUUUUUGUGUGUAUUAGAGAUAAAUUGUGACAACUGCUUGAGCCUUUCUUAACUAGGAAUCCAUGGCACAUUAUACUAUUGCACUGUGUGUAAAUGCCAGUGUCUUCUUCAAUUUUGUACUUACAGUAGUGUAGUAUUGAUAUUCAUUAAAUAACUAGAACUUUA